CGGGCGCCGGCCUGGGCCCCACCUGCGGCGGGCGGAGCGGGGAAGCCCGGGUCGGGUCGAGGGCCCAGCGUGGCGCCCAGGGCCAUGGAGCCGCGGCCCGGGGCGUGUGCGGCGGCGCUGGCUGCGGCACUCCUCCUGCUGCUGGGUGCCCAGGGCCAGGGCAGCACUCCCAGCCCCAGGUGUGACUGUGUGCACAGCUUCCAGAUGAGGAGUGGUCUGGUCUGCUGCGGGGGCUGCCCAGCAGGGCACUACUUGAAGGCCCCCUGCACAAAGCCCUGUGGCAUCUCCACCUGUCUCCCGUGCCCCCGGGGCACCUUCCUGGCCUGGGAGAACCACCACAAGACCCGCUGUGCCCGCUGCCAGGCCUGUGAUGAGGAAGCCUCCCAGGUGGCCCUGAAGAACUGCUCGGCAGUGGCAGACACCCACUGCGGCUGCAAGCCAGGCUGGUUCAUGGACUGCGUCGUCAGCCAGUGUCCCCACAGCUCUCCCUUUCGCUGCCACCCGUGCCCAGACUGUGAGGCCCUGCACCGCCGCACGCGGGCCCCCUGUUCCAGCGGAGACACUCACUGUGGGACCUGCCUGCCCGGCUUCUAUGAAUAUGGCAACAGCUGCAUGUCCUGUCCCACGAGCACCCUUGGGGGCUGUCCUGGGCCUUGUGUGGCUGUCUGUGGCUGGAGGCAGGCUGCUCUUUCAGUGUUCUGGGUCCAGGUGCUCCUGGCAGCCCUGGUGGUCCCACUCCUGCUUGGUGCCACCCUGACCUACACAUACCGCCGCUGCCAGCUUUGCAAGGCCAUAGUUCCUGGUGGAGCUGGGGUGGAGGCCCUGACCCCGCUGCAGGCCACCCACCUCUCACCCCCGGACAGCAGCCCCACCCUUCUGGUAACACCCAGCAGCAGUGAGAAGGUCUGCACCGUCCAGCUGAUAGGCAGCAGCUGGACCUCUGGCUCUCCCCAGGCCCAGGAGGCGCCCUGUCCAGAGGUGACGUGGUCCUGGGACCAGCUGCCCAGCAGAGCUCUUGGCCCGCCGCCCCCGCCCUCGCCGGCGCCCCCUGCAGGCUCGGCGGCCGCCAUGCUCCAGCCGGGGCCGCAGCUCUACGACGUGAUGGACGCGGUGCCCGCGCGGCGCUGGAAGGAGUUCGUGCGCACGCUGGGGCUGCGCGAGGCGGAGAUCGAGGCGGUGGAGGUGGAGGUCGGGCGCUUCCGCGACCAGCAGUACGAGAUGCUCAAGCGCUGGCGCCAGCAGCAGCCCGCGGGCUUGGGCGCCGUCUACGCCGCCCUGGAGCGCAUGGGGCUGGACGGCUGCGCCGAGGACCUGCGGAGCCGCCUGCAGCGUGGCCCGUGACGCCGGGGCCCACCCGCCACUUCGAGGCUCUGGUGGCCCUUGCAGAAGCCCUAAGUACGGUUACUUAUGCGUGUAGACAUUUAAUGUCACUUAUUAAGCCCCUGGCACGGCCCUGCGUAGCAGCGCCAGCCAGCCUCACCCCUGCGCGCCCCCAAGGUUCCAGUUAAGGCGAGGAAGCGCCAACGACCAUCAGCUGUUUCUCGGCCUGUGUUUGGCUGAGGCCUUGGUAGUAUUAAAAAUCUAUGAAGAAAAGCUGCUG